AUGUUCUUGCGAGCACAUGCUGAUCGAUGGCUGGGACUGGCCGACAAAGACGAACGAGCUCAAGCCGAAUUCCAGAAAGAAGAACGCGAACGGAUACGUCUUCUUAAGCAACGGCGGAUGAGCACAUUUACC